CUGUUCUGGACGACGCUUUUGUGGAAGAGAGUGUAUUUUGUUAGGAUUUUACAGAAAUUCUCUACAACUGAUGAACUUGUUACUAUUAAAGAGUCGUUAGUUUAAUAUUUAAUUUAUUCACCUCAGGAAACAACAAUCUGCUGUAAUCAAAUAAUAAGUGUGUGGCCAUAAAAUGUAUUUUUUUAUUUAGCUUGAUAUUUUUUUAUUGAACUAGAUCAUUUACAUUUUUAUUUACAUUAUUUUUUUACAAUGCUGUUGAUAACAAAUCUUUAGCGCUUCUCAAACGUUUUUUGUUUUCUCUCUCUCUCUCUUUAGUUUUCAUCCCGUGACGUUUUCCUCUUGAUUCAUCAUUAUCGCGAGAUAAGACGAACGUGUGAAAACGUUCAGUUGUCUCCGGUUUGCGCCUUUGGCCGUUUACGUUCGAGUUCAGGUUCAUGAGUAGAACAGCCAGACAUGUCUACGCUGGAGUCGGUCCACGAGGGCUGUGCCGAGGGGGAAGAAGACGGUUUAUAUGAAUUCGUAUUUGAUCUCAACCAGAAGAAAAAGGAGGAGACAGAAAGUGAUCACAUGUCUUACAGCUGUGGACACACACCUGAGAUACCUACAGCUAGUCUGGAACAGAUGACUCAUGCAACUGACAGCUCAAAGUUGAUAAAAAAGGAUGAAGAGAAUAUUCAAAGUGUCGUACCGCCAAACCAGACGGUGCAGGCUCCAGAGGAUAAACCAUGGAGAAAAUCAGGUGCUGAUCCCUCUGAUUACUUUAACUAUGGUUUUGAUGAACAAAGCUGGAGACAAUACUGCGAAAAGCAGUUUAGACUUAAAGCUUACAAGAGAAGAAAUGAUACAAAGAACCGUGCUAGAGCUGCACACACGUCUCAUUCCCAUGUUUCUUCAUACAGACAGCCUAUUAAAGUCAUCAGCAGAGAGUCCGAGGACAAGGCUAACGUGAGCAGAGGACAAACUGGACGCAGCCACAGAGAUGAGAGACAGCCACGUCUCACUGAUGCAGGAAACAAAUAUAAGGUGACUACCAAGAUGUCUCACAAGGGAGAUAGGUGCAUUCGGCGAGAUUUGCCACCUCUACUACCUUGUUUUCGGUUAGGACGCCCUGUUCCACCCCCCUCUGCUACGCUGGGCAGGGAUCAGCGUUCAACUUCACAAUGCCGAAGUGUCUUCAGUAAAGAAAGGAAUGUGUCAAAAAGCAGAGCAGUGACUGGUGUUACCAAGGACUGGAAAUGCUUCAUAACUCAGAAAACACAUGGCGGAGACGGAGACAGCACAAGAGAGAAUGGGCAUGAUAAAAAACGCAAAGCAUCCAGGGACAGAAAAAACCAGAGCUCACACUCUUCACACAACAGUAGAAAGAAGCACAGAGAUGCUGCAGAGCUCAGUUAUAAGGGCCAAAGAGGAAGAAAGACGAAGAAAAGAAAAGAGAAAUCACAUCAGAAGAAAGGUCCAACAAAGACGCACAUUCAGAAAGAAUCAUCUAUGAAUAAACAGUUUUCAUGUAUGCCCUCUGAAGAUGCAGCAGCAGCAGGAGGAGACAGAACAACGGGGGUGAAAACCAAACACCCAAAGAAAGAAACAAAGGCAAAGAUGUGGAGAGGUGACAACCAGAUGAUCUCUGCUGGCAGGAAUAGAAUAAAUCCCUCGCUGACUCGAGGAACUGAAUGAUUUCCAGUCCCAGUUUGAAGUGAUCUAAAAGUAACCGUGUUUGUGUUUUGUACAAAGUGUGGAUGUUUCAUUGCUUUCAUGAAUCCCACUGAAAUGUUCGUUAUUCAAAGUUCUUUGUUCUCGACUCUUUUUCAAACAACUUUAUUGAUUGUUUAACCAAAUGUACCAUCAGAUAGAAUACUCAGGCUGAAGCGUGACUGACAGAACCGCAGCAGAUGGACCUCCGGCCAUCGCUGAUACACACACACACACACACACACACAUCUGUACGGGUUUUCUUAAAAAUGAGUAAGGCCUCCACAAUGUCUC